ACCAAUAAAACUUAUCAACAUUUCUCUCUUCUCUGUCUCUUCACUUUCUCCGAACUCAAACUACAACUGCAACUACAAUUCUCUAUCUCUUCACUUUCUCCAAACUCAAACUACAACUGCAACUACAACCGCCAAUAUCAUCGUUACUAACAAUGACAACACUAUCAACUGAAUUCUUGUCACACACUCUCAAUUUUAGAAACCACCCAAACCGCACCUCUCGGCAUUCAAAUCCCAACUCCAUCAAACAAGGCAACACUAAUAACCGAACAACAAGAAUCAACCAAGAACAAUUCAGGGUUAAUGAAACAAGGCCAAAACUUGUUCAAAAUUGCGACUUUCAAGACAUUAAUUCCAUCAAAGCUCUCAACAAGUCAUGCAAAUUAGGUAAAUACGAUGAGUCUCUCUACUUACUUCAGCACAUGGUUAAUAGGGGUUAUAAACCUGAUGUUUUUCUUUGCACACAAUUGAUUAAGGGUUUUUUCAAUUCUAAGAAAAUCGAGAAAGCUAUUCAAGUUAUGGAGAUUUUGGAAAAGCACGGUGAGCCUAAUGUUUUCGCUUAUAAUACUGUUCUAAAUGGGUUUUGUAAAGCUGAUAGAGUUGAUGCUGCUAAUAAGGUGUUUGAUAAAAUGAAAAAGAGAGGUUUGGCUCCUAAUGUUGUUACUUAUAGUAUUCUUAUUGGGAGUCUUUGUAAGAGGGGUAAACUUGAUUUGGCUUUAAAGGUUAUGGAUCAGUUGUUGAAAGAUAAUUGUAGGCCAGAUGUUAUAAUUUAUACUAUUUUGAUUGAAGCAACUAUUACUCAAGGUGGUAUUGAUGAAGCUAUGAAGCUUUUAGAUGAGAUGUUGUCGAGAGGGAUUCGACCUAAUGCUUCUACUUAUAGAAUUGUUGUUAGUGGUAUGUGUAGAGAAGGGAUGUUGGAUAGAGCUUUUGAGUAUCUUAGUAGUAUAAGUAGUAAGGGCUGUGCAGCUGGUGUGAAUACUUAUAAUAUUUUGUUGAAGAGUCUUUUGAAUGAAGGGAAAUGGGAAGCUGGGGAGAGUUUGAUGUCGGAUAUGUUGGAUAAAGGUUGUGAGCCAUGUGUUGUGACAUAUAACACAUUGAUUGGUUCGCUUUGUCGUGAUGGUAAAAUUGAUGAGGCUGAGAAUGUGUUGAAGAUUAUGAAGAAGAGAGGUUUGGCUCCUAAUGUUGUUACUUAUAAUAUUCUUAUUGGGAAUCUUUGUCAGAGGGGUAAACUUGAUUUGGCUUUAAGGGUUAUGGAUCAGUUGUUGAAAGAUAAUUGUAGGCCAGAUGUUAUAACUUAUACUAUUUUGAUUAAAGCAACUAUUACUGAAGGUGGUAUCGACGAAGCUAUGAAGCUUUUGGAUGAGAUGUUGUCGAGAGGGCUUCAACCUGAUGCGUAUACUUACAAUGUUGUUGUUAAUGGUAUGUGUAGAGAAGGGAUGUUGGAUAGAGCUAUUGAGUAUUUGGAUAAAAUGAUAUCAGAUCGUCGUUUGCCUUAUACUUUUUACUAUAACUCGAUCUUGUUUUCUCUGUGUAAGAAUGGAAAUGUUGGUGAGGCUUUGCGCAUCUUUGAGAAGGCCAGUGAAGUGGGUUGUCCUCCAGAUGCAAGUUCUUAUAAUACAUUGUUUGGUGCAUUGUGGAGCAGCGGCAAUAAAAUUAGAGCGUUAUGGAUGAUUCUAGAGAUGUUAAGCAAAGGCGUUGAUCCUAAUGAGAUCACCUAUAAUUCACUUAUUUCUUGCUUGUGCAGAGAUGGAUUGGUGGAUCAGGCAAUUGAGUUGCUGGUUGACAUGAUAGAGAGUCGCAAGUUUCAGCCUACUGUUAAUAAUUACAAUGCUGUUAUUCGUGGAUUGUGCAAGGUGCAAAGAGUCAUAGAUGCUAUUGAGGUGCUUGAUGCUAUGAAUAAGAGAGGAUGCUUGCCAAAUGAAACAACCUACACAUUGUUGAUCCGAGGGAUUGGUUUUGGAGGAUUGCGAAAUGACGCUAUGGAGUUGGCUAACUCACUUGUUAACAUGGAUGCUAUUUCAGAAGAUUCAUUCAAACGUUUGAAUAGAACGUUUUCUGUGAUUGAUGCGCACAAAGAGCUUGCAAUAUCUGAAUGAACUAACUUCAUGGGCAUAAAAUUUAUUCAGAAGGAUUUCGAUGUUUUCAGUGCCUUGGAUGUGAUGCAUAAUGAAGGUUUCCUUAAAGAUCUCAAAUUUGGACCUGGAGAUGGACAGCUUCACUACUACUUGUACAAUUAUAGGAUUCGUAAUGCCAUGAAACCGUCCGAACUCCGGCUUGUGCUCCUGUAGCCAGAUAUGUUUUGUUUUUUAGUUUUGUCAUGCAAUUGGGAUAAACCAUUCACUUGUUUUGUUCUAUUAGCUUGUUGUUUCAACUAAACACCAUUUAUUGUUCCAUUGAAAUAUUGGCAAUUUAACAUAUUCAUGCAGAGUAUGUGAAAAA